AUGAACCCUAAUUAUGAAAACAAUCCUAAUACAUACAUGGGAUAUACAAUGGAAUGGAAUCGACGUGUCCUUGAUGCCCUUUUCCCUUCAGUUCUUGGUGGCACAUGUACCAUUCCUGGUGCCUUUGGCUGUGGGAAAACUAUUAUCAGUCAAGCUCUAUCCAAGAUUAUUCGUUUGGAAGGAGAUUCUGCUACAAUCCAAGUGUAUGAAGAGACAGCUGGAUUGAUUGUGAAUGAUCUUGUUUUACAGACAUGCAAGGUGCAGUUAGCAAAUGAGAAGCAGCUUGUUGAUCAUUACAGCUCUAAGCAUCGAAAGGAGAAGCCUCCAAGCAACUAUGAAUGAUCUGAUAUGUAUGCAUUUGAAUUGAUGCACAUGUUUGUGUUGCCUGUUUUUCUUUUUCAUUUGCAUGUUGAUGAUAUGUCGAGUGUUUCUUUUGCUUUGACAUUUUCAUUUCUGCCAAAAUCGAG